AUGGGAUACCCCCAGCAGAUUCUCGAGCUCGCAAAAGCCGGGUUUUACUUCGAUCCCAUGGUCGCUAGUCCCGACAACGUAACAUGCUUUUUGUGCGAGCAUUCCUUUGACGGUUGGACGCCUGGAGAUCAUGCAAUCCAAGAACAUUUGAAACAUUCGCCAUUUUGCGGCUGGGCCGUGACGGCAGCGGUCGAAGCCAAUCUGGGAGACUAUGGGAAGAUGCACCCUCUGGAACCGAUUCUUGUCGAUGCGCGGAAGGCUACCUUUGGGGGGAAGUGGCCAUACGAAUCUAAGAGGGGAUUCAAGUGCAAGUCAAAGCAACUUGCCGAAGCCGGUUGGAAGUUCGCACCAACAAUCGAGGAUGAAGACAUGACGAUCUGUCCAUAUUGCCUGCUAGGAGUUAGUGGUUGGGAACCUGGUGACAAAGCAAUUGACGAACACCAGAGACGACAACCUGAAUGUGCGUUCUUUCGCCUUCAGGAGGAGUUACCAGCACCGAAGAAGCCGGCGAGAAGAGCCAAAGUACCAAAGCCAUCCAACGUCGCCCACCGCCUCUCUAUCCAGCCUGUCGGAAUCCCCACCGCAGAAACCUCCGAUCAGAUCUCUGCCUCAGAUACCGCGGGUUGCCUUGAGGACAUCAUUAUGGCGCCAACCACGCGGGCAGCAAAGACCAAAAAGACAACUGCUAGGAGUCGAAAAGCCAAAGCCCAGAAGAAAGGAGAGGAGCCCAAGGAAACCUUGGAGGACAAGCCAGCAGACGAACAAUUGCCUGCUGAAGAGCCACCACAAGGACGGAAGCGGGGAAGCGAGUCGAUUUCCGAUUCCGUGGACUCCAAUCCAGAGGCGCCUCCACAGAAGAAGCGGGCAACAUGGACAGGAGGAACAGCGGUUACUGAUGCUUCCACUUCAGCUAUGGAAACAGAGGACACUGAUAUUCCCGAUGCACCAUCUCCCAAACAAACAGCUACCCGCAAGAGAGCGCCCACCAAAGAAACACAAGGCUUGCGGAGAAGCUCGCAAGUUUCCCUGCAGCAACCUAAUUCAACAACAGCCCCGCAAACAGAUUUAUCGAAUGAUGAGGCCGUCUAUCAUCACAUGGAGAUACACGACGUCGAUGUUGAUCCAGGGCGCAAAGUGCAGAAUGCAGAAUCGCAAGAGGAAGCGGAUGCUGAGGAUCCAAUCUCUUCAUCCGACAUCCCCCUCCCCAAGAAGGGUCGCAAACUAGCCAGCCAGAGGAUGUCUAAGCAAGCGAAAAGAAUGCAACAAUCUCUUCCUUUAUCCGAUCCUGCCGACGAACUGACGGAGGGGUCUACUGCUGUGCCCGAAGCCACGUCUGUUGUGCCCCAACCAGCACAUCCCGAGCUAGGAUCUGGGGAGGACCCGGACAUGACCUUGGUCUCGAAGAGUAGCGGGCGACCAAGUACGAUCAAACGGGGAAGGGGACGCCCAUCAAAAAAGUCAACAUCUUCCCAUGCGUCCAGCGAAAUGGCGGAGCAGCAGCGAGCUUCAUCUGGCAUCCCGCUUCCAGAGACACAAGCCGAGAUCGAGACUCAGGCCGAGCCUCCCACAGAGCGCCGCUUGUCAACUCCAAUUGAGAAUGAGGCGGGCGUCGAAGUGGAGGCAGAAGAACCGGUUCCGGAACCUACACCCAUGGCCUCCCCUCCUAAGGCGGCCGUUACUCGUGCUGCGCCAACACCAGCCAGGAUGAACAAGUCUCUUCCUCCGCCGCCACCUGAGUCCCCAGAUCACCUGUCUCAACCGCCUACCACACCCCGGGCACUUACGGUCGCGCGUCAACCUGAAGAACAGCGACUCGUCUACCGCUCGCCAUCAAUGCAGUCCUCAAAUGCAGAGAACCGAACCCCAGCAAUCGAUCGUCAUGACCUAGCACCAAUAAUAACCACACCAGACGGGCCCCUUUCUCCUUCCAAACGCAAGAUUCUGAGCGCCCUCCAAAGCACUACACCUUGGACCGCGGUGGAUCUAGAUAACAUCCUCUCGCCCACCAAGGCUCAAUACGAAAAGGAAGACGGCAUUGACAGGCUCCUGCAUAAGGGCAGCGAGCUUACGAGCCCGGAGAAGCGGAUGACCGUGGAAGAGUGGAUUUACCAUAAUGCCAGUUUGGCUGAGCAAAGACUGAAGAGGGAAUGCGAGGAGAUGGUCUCGGUGUUUGAGAAGCAGGGUGCCAGAGCUAUGCAAGCUUUGGAGGGACUUGUCGUUGAGUAG